CGCACAACUGUUGAUGAUGCUGCCUUCCACAAGCUGUUUCAUGCAUUUGCACAGCUGCGCUAUACCCCUUGUUUAUGCCCAUGCUAUUGACUAAAGGGCAGAGCAUGUUUCAAGGGUUUGCGACACACCCCAAAGGAUACAAAUCAGAACGACGCAAAUCGCCUCCGCCAGGGCCGACCCCGAGCGCCUAGAACGUUUCGCUCAUUAUUACCUACCGUGGCCAAGUCCGGCUCGGCUCUCCCGUGUUGGAUUCAGUCGCAACGUUAAGCUGCAAGAGAGCACAACACGCAGCACGCAACAAACUGGGCCAACAAUUCGGUGGAAAAUUCUCUGUGUGUGUGCGUGUGUGUGUGUGUGUGUGUGCAGCUAAAUUGUGUGUAUGCAAAUACAUAUUUUGCAAUAUUUGGCAAUUGCUGUUUGUUUGUGAAGAAUUAGUGUUAGUUGCAACGGUUUGUGGCACAAUUGUCGAGUGCAUCACGUGGCAGUCGCUGCGUUCAACGUGCGACAAAUCGAUAGUGCGCACUUUUCACGCACUUGGCCGUGAGUGAGUGAGUCGGAGCCAAGUGUUGAAUCUGUCGCGAGUUCCUUCAAGUCUACCUAGCUAAAAACUCCAAUUCUUGCAUCAUAUAUACACCUGAAUAUAGAACAAUUUAAACUUCUGAUGUACCUGGCAAAAUGUCAAAGUUGAUGCGAGUUGAAGAAAUUAUUCCGCCCGAGCAAACGGCAUUUGAACGAAAUGUGGCCAAAAUUAAGAGCGCAAGCGCUGGCUCUGUGAAGCACCUUAAACGCCCACUGGCACGCCCACUUGUGGCUUGCUCGAGCAGGCAGUAGAGCAUUUGGUCACAAGCACAAUCAACCUGGAGGGCAUACUGAAAACGAAGGCAGGCAGCAGGGAGAGCAUUGCUUUUCAGGCCGUCGGCUCGGGCAUUGAGGAGAGGGACGUGACGGACGCAGCGGAUCUGGAAUCGAUUGAGACGGCCGCAACGGAGCUUAUUGGCGACAUCAACGACGAUUCGAAUCGUAUCUUGAACGUGACGAAGCGUCCAAGCCGACGCCGGAGACCAUCCGUGAGGCAGUGCGGCCGUCGCUGGACCAGAAUGAACUUUCGCAAUGUUUACAGAGCGCUGCGUAUACGUUGGAGUCAUGAUGAGGAUGACGUUCCGCACUUCAAUGGUUACGAGGCGAAUGACUCGGAAAAACGCGUCAUUACGCUGAACGCGCCACAGCCCACAAAAUAUUGCAAUAACCGUAUAUCCACGGCUAAAUAUAAUGUCCUCACCUUUAUACCGUCGUUCCUCUUUGAGCAAUUCCGACGAUAUUCCAAUAUAUUUUUCUUACUAAUUGCAUUAUUACAACAAAUUCCGGAUGUGUCGCCAACGGGUCGCUACACCACAUUGGUGCCACUCCUCUUUAUACUCUCUGUAAGCGCCAUAAAGGAAAUCAUCGAGGAUUUGAAACGACAUCGCGCAGAUAAUGAAAUCAAUCAUCGAUUGAUUGAACGCUUAGAAAAUGACACUUGGACCACGGUGCGCUGGUCCGAGCUGACAGUUGGGGAUAUUAUCAAGGUGGUCAUCGAUACAUUCUUUCCUGCCGAUUUAAUAUUGUUGUCGUCAAGCGAGCCGCAGGCCAUGUGUUUCAUUGAAACGGCAAAUUUGGAUGGCGAGACGAACUUGAAGAUUCGACAGGGUUUGCCGUCGACAGCCAAAUUACUGGAAACAAAAGACUUGUUGCAAUUGGAGGGCAAGCUCGAAUGUGAAUUGCCGAACCGGCUAUUGUACGAGUUUAAUGGCGUGCUGAAGGAGUAUGGUAAACCUGCCUGUUCACUUGGCAGCGAUCAGGUGCUACAGCGUGGCGCUAUGUUAAGGAAUACGGCCUGGAUAUUUGGCAUUGUCGUUUAUUCGGGACACGAAACAAAGCUGAUGAAGAACUCGACCUCGGCGCCACUUAAGCGAUCCACUGUCGACAAACUGACCAACACACAGAUCCUGAUGUUGUUCAUGAUACUGAUCUCUCUCUGCAUAACGAGCGGGCUGUGCAAUUUGUUUUGGACGCAAAAACAUUCCCAAACGGACUGGUAUUUGGCCAUUGGAGACUUUAAGAGCAUGAGCCUCGGCUAUAAUCUGCUGACGUUCUUCAUUCUGUACAACAAUCUGAUACCCAUAUCGCUGCAGGUCACCCUCGAAUUGGUGCGUUUUCUACAGGCAAUCUUCAUUAACUAUGACAUUGAGAUGUAUCACGAAGAGUCCAAUAUGCCGGCCAGUGCGCGCACCUCCAAUCUCAACGAAGAGCUUGGCCUGAUUAAGUAUAUCUUCUCGGACAAAACGGGCACGCUGACACGGAACGUGAUGGUGUUCAAGAAGUGCUCCAUAGCGAGGCGCAUUUAUCAGCCCGAACGCACGCCCGAGGAAUCGGACUUGGUGCAGAAUAUACUUAGGAGGCAGAACUCCUACAAGGACAUUGAGGACUUUCUAGUGCUGUUGUCCGUGUGCCAUACGGUGAUACCGGAGAAAAAGGAAGAUGGCACCAUUAUCUACCAUGCCGCCAGUCCCGAUGAGCGUGCUCUGGUCGAUGGUGCACGCAAGUUUGGCUACAUUUUCGACACACGCACGCCUGACUAUGUGGAGAUAAAUGCAUUGGGGAAGCGUAUGCGCUUCCAGGUACUAAAUGUACUCGAAUUUACGUCGACACGGAAACGGAUGUCGGUCAUUGUGCGAACGCCAGAGGGUAAAAUAAAGCUAUUCACCAAGGGCGCCGAUUCAGUCAUAUACGAGCGUCUCGCGCCGCGAGAUCAGUCAUACCGGGAGACAACUUUGCAGCAUUUAGAGGAGUUCGCCUCCGAGGGCUUGCGCACGCUGUGCUUGGCCGUGGCCGACAUUGAUGAAGAAGUGUACCAGGAAUGGAACGAGACACACCACAAGGCGUCGAUAUCAUUGCAGUACCGCCACAGCAAGCUGGAAGAUUCCGCGAAUUUAAUCGAGACCAAUCUACGUCUGCUAGGCGCAACGGCAAUCGAGGACAAAUUACAGGAUGGCGUGCCAGAGACCAUAUCCGCCCUGCUCGAAGCGGGCAUAUACAUUUGGGUUUUGACCGGUGACAAGCAGGAAACGGCCAUCAACAUUGGUUACUCGUGCAAGCUGAUCACACACACCAUGGACAUUAUCAUACUCAACGAGGGCAGUCUGGACGCUACUCGUGAUGUCAUUCUGCGGCACAUUGGCGAGUUCAAGAGCACCUCGGCCAAGGAUGCGAAUGUGGCGCUCGUCAUCGAUGGCAAGACCCUUAAGUAUGCAUUGACCUGUGACAUGCGCGGCGAUUUCCAGGAGUUGUGCCUAAUUUGCCGCGUCGUCAUUUGCUGUCGCGUUUCGCCCAUCCAAAAGGCCGAGGUAGUCGAGAUGGUUACGCAAAGCACCAAGGCGGUUACCCUGGCCAUUGGCGACGGUGCCAACGAUGUGGCCAUGAUACAGAAGGCAAGCGUUGGCAUUGGCAUUUCGGGCGUGGAAGGUCUGCAGGCAUCCUGUGCCUCCGACUACUCGAUUGCCCAGUUUCGAUAUUUGCGUCGCUUGAUUCUCGUCCAUGGCGCCUGGAAUUAUGCACGCAUCAGCAAGCUGAUCCUCUAUAGUUUCUAUAAAAAUGUCUGCUUAUAUGUCAUUGAGCUCUGGUUCGCCCUCUAUUCGGGCUGGUCGGGCCAAAUUCUGUUUGAGCGCUGGACCAUUGGCCUGUAUAACGUUCUCUUCACCGCCAUGCCCCCAUUUGCAAUUGGCCUCUUUGAGAAGUUCUGCACGGCCGACACAAUGCUUAAGUAUCCGCUGCUGUAUAAACCCUCGCAGAAUGCCAAACUCUUCAAUGUGCGAGUCUUUUGGAUUUGGAUUUUCAAUGCUUUGCUGCACUCGGUCUUUCUCUUCUGGCUGCCACUGUUCGCAUUCCAGGAGGAAGCCAUUUGGGGGGAUGGCAAAACGAGUGACUAUCUGCUGCUGGGCAAUAUGGUCUACACGUAUGUUAUUGUAACUGUUUGCUUGAAAGCUGGCCUCAUCACUAGCUCCUGGACCUGGCUAACGCAUGCCGCCAUUUGGGGCUCCAUUCUGCUCUGGUUUGUGUUCGUUCUGAUAUAUAGCCACAUUUGGCCAGGAUUGAGCUUUGCCAGCAACUUUGCGGGCAUGGACACUCAACUGUUGUCGACGCCCGUCUUUUGGUUUGGUCUAGUGCUGGUGCCCAUCGCCAGCCUGUUGAUCGAUGUCAUCUGUAAGCUAAUACAUAAUACCGUUUUCAAGUCGCUCACCGAGGCUGUGCGUGAGUCGGAAAUACAGCGUCACGAUCCCUCACAGGUGAUGGAAGAGUCGCGCUCCUCGGACUUUCGUUUUAAGCACGGACGUAUGGAAAAUAUGUUGAAUCGCAGAAGAGCUUCAGACAGGAAGUCGUCGUCGCAUAUCGCGCCUCGUCACUUGCGCGUCGAAAACUGGGAUAUCGAUGAUGAUGAGCUGGAUAGCCGGGAACAGCAGCGGCAAUAUCAUCGCCGCAGUCACCGAUUGGCGGGUGGUUCCCAUCAUGUGGACAGCGUGGACAGUGGGACUCUGCAUAUGUAGCCAGGCUGUUGGAGCAGAAUCUAUAUAAUAAGUCAGGUGCUUGUAUUUGUACCAUAUAUAUUAACAGAGAAUCUAUUGUUUUGUGUCUUGAUAUAAAUAAAUUAUAUAUAAAUUAGGGCUCAUUUAAUAUAUUAUAUACAUAUUUAUUGUAUGUGCUCAGGGCGCACAAAGCCAUAUCCAUUCCAAGCAAAACUUGUAGUAUUCAAACUAGAAAUCUGCAUUAUUCAUAAAUGUACAGGUGUAACUCUUAAAAUUGAUCCAACUGUGAUACUGAUUGCUGUAGCAAAUGAAUUGUGUGCAAUUAUGAAAAUGUUUUAAACUUUAAAUAAGCUGAUUGUUCUACUAUUAAGCAUUCUUUUACUUAAAACUUAACAUGCCAACAAACAGUUGUUUCCUUUUCUACAAUGAACUAUACCAACGUCUAUAGUAUAUGUACAAAAACUUGUAUGGAAUCCAGUUAACAAGAACUAUAAUUUAAGAGAACGUUUCCUGUCUCAAUUGUUGUGCUUUUAUGUUAUUGUUAUUUUGUGACAUAUACAUAUAUAUUUAUAUAUAUAGUCAAUUAACUGAAUAAACAUAGUCACUAGCUUAAGCCAGUGUACAGCCCAUCCUCAAACCUUCCUGUAUACCCAAACAGUUCAAUUAAUACUUAAACUCAAAAUACACUGCGUUUUAAAAAGAG